AUGACAACGGAGAAAAUUUUCAACAUAUUUCAGGUGCAAAGAGAUAGUGUCUAUCUCACUGAUGACAAUAAUGUUGCCAUAUUUCCACGAUCCGAUGGCACAUGCCACCCUUACAACAACAUUGACCCUAUCAGAGACCGAAAUAGCAUCUAUAAGGGCUGGAUUUUCCUGUUUGAUCUGCAAAGGUCCUCUGAACAAACCAGUCUUCUCAACAUGCUGCAGAAGCUUCAUUGGUUGCAGUAG